AGUCCUAACACUGCCACUUCACACUUUAUCCAAAAAAUAGAGAUGCUUUCAUGUCCACUCCACCAGCACUCCCACUCUCUCCUUCUCCACCACCGCCCAAACACCACCAUCUCCUCCUCUCUCCGCCGCACACACAAUUCCAAAUCCACCUCCCUCCUCCUCCGCCACCUCUCUCAACCACAACCACAACCACAACCUCAACCCCAAGACCACGCUGCCCCUGCCCCUACUCCUCUCGACGAAAAAGAAAAAGUAGAGCUUCUAGAACUCUCUCUCGUCACCAAACGCACCCCUCAAUUCCCAGGCUCCAUCUACGUUCAAUCCCCCUCUGACCCAGAUGUCCACACCUCUCUUCCUCCCUUACAAACCCUCUUCCAAACCCAUACCAAUGACAGUGACGAAGAAGACGAAGAAGACAAUGACUUGAUAAUGCGAGCUCUCGAGAUUCGACGCAAAGUCACUGCAGAGAUUUUCAAGGAAUCAAUGAGAAGAAAAGGCAAGUUUGGAAUCACUUACGCCACCAAUUUGACUCGCAGGUUGUCUGAUUUCAUUGAUUAUGUUAUGGUCGAGGCCGCCGCUAUGAAACGCUUGCCUGACUUCUCGGAAUCCACCUUCAAUUUUCGUGCCAAGACUGUCAUUGAUGACUCUCGUGUUGUGCCACUCAUCAGGUGGUUGAAGCAUAAUUCAGUGUCAUAUCCCAAAAUUGGGAAGCUGAUUUGCAUGUCCAGGGGAAAAAUUGAGUCAAUAAGACGGGUAAUUGAGUGGUUGAAGUCGAUUCAUGUAAAGGGAGAAUUUCUUGGGGUUGCGCUCACAAAAUCUGGAGGGAAUAUUUUGGACCGGAGCAAUGAAGAAUUGGAUGAAAUCGUUAAUUACUUGGAGAGCAAUGGAGUUAGGAUGGAUUGGAUGGGUUAUGUUGUGGGCCGGUGUCCGCAGUUGUUGUCUUACAACAUGGAAGAAGUGAGGGCCCGUGUGGGGUUCUUCUUGGAUAUGGGUAUGAAUGAGAAGGAUUUUGGAACAAUGGUCUUUGAUUAUCCAAGGGUACUUGGCUACUUCACUUUAGAAGAGAUGAAUGAAAAGGUUAGUUAUUUAAAGGAAUUUGGCAUUGGUACUGAGGAGGUUGGCAAAUUAAUAGCGUUUAAGCCACAACUGAUGGGCUGUAGCAUUGAGGAGAAAUUAAAACCUCUUGUUAAGUAUCUGUACUACCAUGGGAUUUCCCGAGAUGGUAUGAAGAGAAUACUUAUGAGUAAACCAAUAGUUUUCUGUAUUGAUUUGGAGACGACCAUUGUGCCAAAGGUACGGUUUCUUCAGGACAUUGGCAUUCGAGAUGAUGCCAUUGGCAACAUGCUUGUAAAAUUUCCUUCAUUACUAACAUGCUGCCUCUACAAGAAGAUCCGGCCAGUGGUCAUAUUCUUGAUGACCAGAGCUGGAGUGAAUGAGAAGGAUAUUGGGAAGGUUAUAGCUUUGGGACCAGAGCUCUUAGGAUGUAGCAUAUCGAAAAAGCUUGAGGUUAGUGUGAAAUAUUUUAUGUCACUUGGCAUACGUUAUCGACAAUUGGGUGGGAUGAUUGCCGAUUUUCCCAUGCUCCUCCGAUAUAAUGUAGAUGUCCUCCGUCCAAAGUAUCGUUACUUGCGGAGAACUAUGGUCCGGCCUCUUGAAGAUCUGAUUGAGUUUCCAAGGUUUUUCAGCUAUUCUCUUGAUGACCGAAUAAUACCAAGGCAUAAGAUUUUGGUUGAGAAGCAGAUCAAUUUAAAGCUGCGCUACAUGCUGGCUUGCACUGAUGAAGAGUUUGACAAAAAGGUCGAGGCUAUAGUAAAACGGCGUCAAAGAUUUGAAGCUGGUCUUUUGGUAGACACUCUCUCUGAAACUGGUCUUUUGGAAGAGGAUCUGUCUGAUUCGCAGGCAACUGAUGACCCUGUCGAGAGUACGAAGCUUUCUGAAAGUGAGUCAAUAUAGUAGUUUCCAAAUUUCAAUCUGUCUUAAGGGGUAUUCUGCUAGCACUCUACAAAUUAGAGUUUUGAGGUCAAAACAUCUUGGGAUAUAGAAAUUGGGAACGCCAAACUUUCCCUCGAGGUCGAGAUGUGUUUGAGCAAUGCAACACGACGUACAUCCGAGGAAAAAAAAAAUGGCAUGGCUUCCGAAAACAAGAUGCAUUAUGGAAUAUAAAUGGUUGGUUUUCUCAGCAAGAGAGACGACAAGCAUUUCAUAAAUGGAAAGACAUCCCUCUCCAGAAGGGAAAUGAUGUGUUU